GAGCAGGUUUAGGCUUGGAUUCUCUUUUCCUGUUUCCAGAUGCUGCCAGUGUGAUGAAGUAAUGCAGUUUUUACCAUGUUGAACCAAGACACUUCCAAGGAGGGUCCAGGCUGGCAGACAGGAGCCAAAGCAGCAGGGAUAAAGAAGGCCACUCUUCAGAUCCUGCCCUGUACAGUGUCCCAACUUCUAUCUGCCUCUUUGGAUCACAGUGGGGCCUUUGCCAUUGGGGAUCUGGAGCUUAACCAGGUGUCUCUGGUGGGCAUUGUCCGCAAGUCUUCUCCCUGUUCCACCUACAACCAGUAUUCUGUGGACGACAUGACCGGGCCUCCUCUCACUGUCCGCCAGUGGGUCAACGCGGAUGAUGCUUCAGAUCAGUUGGAACUUCAACCAGGAGUGUAUGUAAAAGUGCAUGGAAGUCUACGAGUUUUCCAAGGUAAAAAGUCUUUGUUGGCCAUGAACAUCCACUGUCUUAAGGAUCUGAAUGAGAUCACGUCCCAUAUGUUAGAAGUGGUAUACGCUCACAAGCAACUCUUUGGAAAGGGUUGUGAUGUAAAUAUGAAUGCAUUACCGGUGUCUGAUGCACCCCAAACAUCAUCUGAAGAAUACAUGGCAAGAGGCAUGUCCACCAUCCAGGGACAGGUGUUGCAUGUAAUCAGCCAACACUCUGUGAAGCAAGAUGGCAUCAGUUUCCAAGACCUGACCACACUGUUGGACUACAUUGGUAUUCAGGAAAUCAGGAAGUCCUUGGCGUUCCUGAUAAAUGAAGGACGUGUUUUCUCCAGCAUGGACGAGAACCAUUUCAAGUCCACACAUUAGACUAGAUCAAAACAGAACAAUGGUGCAAAACAUGGCUGACGGCGAAGUAACGGGAG